AAUCAUGGAAAAUCCCACACUCACACUCUCUCACACAGUCACACACAUGCCAUUUGUUGCAAAAUGAAUGAUGAUUAGAUUUAUGAUGGUCUAUAUAUAUGGUUCUAGAUAGAUCUAAUAAUCACACUUCAUCUUGCAAAAAUAUAAUUCACACAAGGGACUUUAAACAUGGGUGUUCUAAGCAUGAAGGGAGGAGAUGGAGAACACAGUUAUGCUAAUAAUUCCGAGGGACAGGUACGUAUUGCCUCCACUAUUUGUAUGACAUAUCUAAAUUUUGCUACAUAUGAACCAUAAGCUCUUUGACUGAAAAAAAGAACCAUAAGUUCCGGGGAAAAAGGAAAAAAGAAAAAGAAAAUCUAUAUAUAUAUCAAUAUACCAGUAGAUUAAAUUAACAAUUUUCUGAUCAAUACGUGUGUGUUUUUGUCUCUCUAUUUUGGCAUUUUGGCUUCUUAGAAACGUCUUGCUUCUGAUGCAAAACCGGUGGUGGUAGAAACCGUAAAAGAAAUGAUAGUGAAAACAGAUUUUCCUGGUUGUAUAAAAGUGGCCGACUUAGGAUGUUCUUCCGGGGAAAACACGUUAUUGGUCAUGUCCGAAAUAGUCAACACGAUCAUUACAUCAUACCAACAAAAAGGCAAAAACUUACCAGAGAUCAAUUGUUGUUUGAACGAUCUCCCAGACAACGAUUUCAACACUACUUUCAAGUUGGUCCCUGCCUUCCACAAGUUGCUGAAGAUGGAUGUUAAAGGGAAAUGCUUCAUCUCAGGAGUCCCAGGCUCAUUCUACUCAAGACUUUUCCCUAGCAAGUCUCUCCAUUUUGUUCAUUCAUCUCUUUGUCUACAUUGGCUUUCCAAAGUUCCUGAUGGGCUUGAAGAUAACAAGAAGAAUGUGUACCUUAGAAGUCCAUGCCCUCCAAAUGUGUACAAGAGUUAUUUGACUCAGUUCAAGAAUGAUUUCUCUUUGUUUCUGAGACUGCGUGCGGAUGAGACUGUGCCAAAUGGACGUAUGGCUCUUACUUUCGUGGGCAGAAAAUCUUUGGAUCCUUUAUCUAAAGAUUGUUUCCAAAAUUGGUCGUCGAUAUCUGAUUCCCUCCUCGACUUGGUUUCUGAGGGUAUUGUGAAGGAAUCGGAUGUAGAUUCUUUUAACUUGCCAUUCUACAAUCCUGACGAGAGUGAGGUGAGGGAAGUUAUCGAAAGCGAGGGCUCGUUCAAAAUCAGCAAUUUUGAGACAAUCUUUGGUCUUCUCUUUUCAUACAAAACUGGUCGUACUGAAGUGAAAGAUGAUGAUGAUAAUUUGGACCAAUCAUGUCGAUUUGAAGUCAUUCGAAAGAGGGCAAGCAUCAUAAGAUCCAUUACUGAACCAAUGCUUGGUGCUCAUUUUGGAGACGCCAUUAUGGAUCGUCUGUUCGAGAGGUAUACAUACCAUCUUGCCGAGCGUUACGAUACUUUGCGCAACAAACCAACUGUUCAGUUCUUCGUUUCCUUGACAAGGAAGUAACAAACCUAUGAGGAGACAGUAAGUGAAGCAAAAAACAUUAUAUUAUGAAUAAAUCAUUUCCUUAAUUUUCUCUUAUUUGGUAUUUUGAAAUAAUUACAGUGGUGAUUUGUUCCUUGUUGGUCUGGCAAAAGUUCAUGUUUGUUUGUAGGAACAUUUGUUACAUCUUCUUUAUUUAAGGAAAAAAAAACAAAGGCAAAUUCGCUUAAAAAAGUUGGCCAACAAACAAAGCCAAUUUAAUGAAAAUGUAUUCUCAUGAUUGUAAUUUGAGUGAUAUAUAUAUAUAUAAUGUUUGUGUGUGGUUUUUAUA